GCGAAGCCGGAAACUGCCUGGUCGUCAUGUUGAAGGCAACGAAUGUCAGAACUUGUUGAAAGCAAAAGAAAGAGACGAAGCCGGGAAUUCCUUUUCCAUUACUUAGGAUCGCACAACUUUCCGCUUUUCCUGGGAUCCCUGUAAUCGCCGUUGUCCUCCAAUACAAUCAUGCUGGGAACUACAAAUGGUGACCUGCUUGGCGGCUUUGGGGCAUCUUCGUAUCGAAAAGGUUCUGCGAAAUGGUCCAGAGCCUGCAAGGCGGUCUGCAUGGUUCUUCUUGGAGGCGGUGCCUUGAUGGCGCUGAUCGCCUUGACAAAUGCCAACAGCUCUCCCAGGGUGACUGGAAUGAUUCUGGGGGCUCUUCUUGGGCUUGGUGGACUUGCGGGGUUUGCAGGCGCACAGGCACGGAGUGCAAACCUGCUGAAUAUCAGUGUGGUUGUGUCCAUUAUUGGGCUUCUGAUUUCUUUUCAAUUCAUCGGAGAGGUGGGAAGAGAGGCGGAAGUUGAUUGUGCCUUGGCUGAACUGUAUGUGCGUGGUCUAGCCACUGAGCGAUUGGUGAAGGACCAGCACCAGGCAGAAAUUUUCAACACAAUCUACACCCGAAUAAAUGAGAUGGAGGACAUGCUGGAUCUGGUGCAACAUGGCGCAAUCAAGGCGAUAGAUUUGAGGGCAAAGCAGGACCAGCUGAAGGAAACUGACCAGGCUUACAUCCAAGCAAAGCUGCAGCAGUUGCAUCAGCAUGCUGAGAUCAUGCUGGACAGUGUCCUGAAGAACCCAAACAUCACAGAUGAGUCAGUCAAGCAGAUGGCUCAGCAUGAAAGGGAUGCAUUGCAAACACGAAUUGAUCUUGCAGACCAGGCACUCUUGAAGAUCAAGACCAAGCAUGCCCAAGAAAAUUACACGCUGAGCCUGCCUGAGUAUGAGGAAAUUCUGGAUGCGCUGGUCGGAUCACAUUAUACAAAUGUGCCGGAUCAUUUGUCACAUGAGAGUCACCAUGAGCUUGGAGCACUCCUGAUGCAGGCAAAGGCAGAGCUGCCCAACAUGCAAGGAGCCUUGGAAAGGACGGAGCAGAAUCAGUAUCACCUCUUCAAUGUUGACGGCGCUGGUGAUGACAUCACAGAGCUGGCCAGGGUUCGGGCCGAGAAGCAGAGGGAAUGGGAGCAGAAGUUCACGCAGCACUUGGAGAGGCGGGAACAGUCCCACGCAGAUGUGUCGUGGUUGCAAAGCAUGCCACAGCACUGCGUGCAAGAGAACCGGUCCAAGUCGCUGUUGAUUGGGAGCGGCCUGGUGGCAGCAUGCCUGCAGCUGGCAGCUGUUUAUGUCAUCCUUUCUCUCUUGUUGCGCAUCCCGAUCAAGGGCGAUUGA